CCGCGCCUUCGCCGCCUCCGCCUCCGCGCGCACCAUGAAGGUCGUCCCCGUCCCCGUCCGGAGCGACAACUACGCGUACCUGCUGAUCGACGAGGCCGCCAAGAAGGCCGCCGCCGUCGACCCGUACGACGUGCCCAAGGUCCAAGAAGCCGCAAAGAAGCUCGGCGUCGAGCUCGUCGGCGUGCUCACCACCCAUCACCAUCACGAUCACGCCGGCGGCAACGAAGUGUUCUCGAAGGCGUACCCCAGCGCGCCGAUCUAUGGCGGUAGCAAGCAGGUCGCCGCGGUGACGCACGUCGUCAAGGACAAGGACGAGUUCACGAUCGCCGACGGCAUCCACGUCAAAUGCCUCGCCACGCCCUGCCACACCCAAGACUCGAUCUGCUACCACGUCACCUCCACCUCCUCCUCGCCCUCCUCGCCCUCCUCCCCGCACCCGGGCGGCGUCUUCACCGGCGACACGCUCUUCCUCGCCGGCUGCGGCCGCUUCUUCGAAGGCACCGGCGCCGAGAUGGUCCGCGCCCUCGCCUACCUCUCCUCCACCCUCCCGGACGCGACCGUGGUGUACAACGGGCACGAGUACACCAAGGGCAACGUCGCCUUUGCGCGGUCCGUCGAUCCGGAGAACGAAGAGAUCGCGCGGUUGGCGCGGUUGGUGGAGGAGAGCGAGAGGGGCGAGGUGACGGGGAAGACGACGAUCGGGGAGGAGAAGGGGUGGAACGUGUUCAUGCGGUUGAAGACCGAGCCCGUGCUGACGGCGAUGGGCGUGACGGCGGACUCGCCAGAGGACGUGAUCAUGGACAAGCUCCGCGACGCCAAGAACGCGUUCCGGGGGUAAAAAGACACCCCGACCCAUGCCUCUUGGUUCCGGUUCAAGGACGUGUAACCCAGUAUAGUUGACAAACGCGUAACAAGAAAGAAAAAAACAAGACUAUAAAAAGUGCUCGUCUCUCGUAUGCAGGAUCACGACGUUUCGAGUGGUUUCUCCGCACAGGCUUUCGCUUGAUGAACGGGAUGCAGCCGGGGCGUGGCGGCGGCCUUUCCGUUCGUGAGUUGUUUUCCGUUCCUUCUCUCUCUCUCCUCCCCCCCCCCACCCCUCCCGGCAGUCGAACCGUGCCGUUCGUACACACUUGAGAAACUGUCUCAUCGGUAGCAGCGUUUCGCGUGUUUCGCUUCAGUGGACGCGAGAGGGUCGGGCGGUCCGAACCCGCGAUUUAUCAUGUCCGUAUAAGUGAUACUGCA